UAUCCUUCAGGCAUAAAAUUAGGUUUUGUGCUUCGGGGUGCAAUCUGAAAAAGGAGCAUGAAGGGACAUCCUUCUAGACAGGCUCCAAAAGGUGAAAAUCACAUUGAGAGUUCAGGAAGCCCUCGUAGGCGGAAGGAAUCAGCAAUAUGGAGUCCUGGUGAAGCGCGUAGGCCCAUCUUACAGGAAGCUCCUGUGUACUAUCCAAAUGAUGAGGAGUUCAAAGAUCCACUUGGUUAUAUUGCAAGCAUUCGCCACAACGCACAGCAAUAUGGCAUAUGCAGGAUUGUACCACCUGCAUCUUGGAGUCCACUCUGUCCACUUAGAGAGAAGAAUGUGUGGGAAUGUGCAAAGUUCUCGACUCGAAUCCAGCAAGUUGAUUUACUUCAGAAUAGGGAGCCCAUGAAAAAGAAAAAAACCAGGAAGAGGAAAAAACGAUCGCACUCAAAGACGGGAUCAACAAGGAGACAACCCAGAUCUCUAGGUUCUGAAUCAAAUACUAAUUCAGACAGUAGUGAUGACAAGUUUGGGUUUCAGUCAGGGUCUGACUUCACAUUUGCGGAAUUUCAGACAUUUGCCAAAGAUUUUAAAGAGUUAUAUUUUAGGAUGAAGGAUACUGAGGUUUGGAAACCCUCCAUUGAAGAAAUUGAAGGUGAGUAUUGGCGCAUCGUUGAGAAUCCAACAGAUGAAGUUGAGGUGUUAUAUGGAGCUGAUCUGGAAACUGGAGUAUUUGGCAGUGGAUUCCCUCUAGAAUCUUCAUCUCCAAAAGCUAGUACUUUAGAUCAGUAUGCGACUUCUGGUUGGAACUUAAACAACUUAUCACGCCUGCCAUGUUCUGUAUUGUGCUUUGAGGAAAGCAAUAUCUCAGGAGUUCUGGUCCCAUGGCUGUAUAUUGGAAUGUGCUUCUCAUCAUUUUGUUGGCAUGUUGAGGACCACCAUCUUUAUUCUCUGAAUUAUAUGCAUUGGGGUGAGCCAAAGAUUUGGUAUGGAGUGCCAGGAAGUCAUGCUGCAGCCCUGGAGGAUGCAAUGAGAAAGCAUUUGCCAGAUCUGUUUGAGGAACAACCAGAUUUGCUUCACGAACUAGUGACUCAGUUGUCUCCUUCAGUUUUGAAGUCAGAGGGUGUACCAGUGUACCGCGCUGUUCAGAGCGCAGGGGAGUUUGUGCUCACAUUCCCAAGAGCAUAUCAUUCUGGAUUUAACUGUGGGUUCAACUGCGCAGAGGCUGUUAAUCUAGGCCCUGUUGAUUGGUUAGAGCAUGGACUAACUGCUGUGGAGCUCUACAGUAAACAAUGUCGUAAAACCUCGCUUUCACAUGAUAAGUUGCUUAUAGGAGCAGCUAGUGAAGCUAUCCGAGCACUGUGGGAGCUCUCAGCUGUUAAGAAUAUUAACAGUAUAAACUUGAGAUGGAGAAGUUUCUGUGGGAAGGACGGCAUGCUUACUAGAGCUAUUAAGGGAAGAAUUGAAAUAGAGGAGGAAAGACUGGAGCGUCUUUUACCUCUUGUACAACUUCAGACAAUGGACAAAGAUUUUGGCUUGAAAGAUGAGCAGGAAUGCUUUUCUUGCUUUUACGACUUGCAUCUCUCUGCAGUUAAAUGCCAAUGUACCCCGGGACAGUUUUCAUGCCUUAAACAUUCUAACCUAAUGUGUUCCUGUGAACCAGAGAACAAAACUGUUCUCGUCCGUUACAACAGAGAUGAACUGAACACACUGGUACAAGCAUUGGAGGGGAAAUUGGUUGCUAUUGAACAAUGGACUUCCAAGGAUCCUGAUAAUUUUUCUUUAAAUAGGAGGCAGCAUAACUCUGUGAAGCAGGAUUCAGAGAGGGAUGGAUUGGAAAUGGAUCCCUCGAUGAAAAAUGAUAGCUUAUCAGGUUUGUUGAGAGAACAAAAUCAUAAUCCAAAGAAGCAGUGCAGCUCAUGCUCUGAUGAUGCGACCACCUCGUAUGCUUCGAGUCACAGUAGUGGGAAGAAAUUAUUUGGGGUUGAUCUUUCCAGAGGUUCUCCUGCUGUUCUACAAAACGGAACAUUUGACUCAGAAAAAGAUCUCCUGAGCACCAAGGUUUCUGAACAAACGCUUUUGUACCAUGUUGACCCUCUAAGUUUAGGGUCAAUUGCCUCAGGAAAGCUUUGGUGCAGUAAGCAGGCAAUAUUCCCCAUAGGAUUUAGAAGUCGUGUUAAGUUCUUCGAUGCCAGCAGUCCCGAGAUAACUAGUAGCUAUAUAUGCGAGAUCCUGAAUGGUGGGCUCAUUGGACCUCUAUUCAAGGUUAGCUUAGAAGAGUGUCCAGAUACGAAGUUUGGGAGUUCAUCAGCGCAGAAAUGCUGGGAAAUGGUCUCGCAUAGAGUCUUUGAAGAACUAGCAACGAAGUUAAAUCCAGGAAGGCAAGAUUUGCCACCAUUGCAACCUGACACAGAAAGCAUCAACGGUCUCGGAAUGUUUGGGUUACUCUCCCCACAGAUAGUUCAGUCCAUUGAAGCUCUUGAUACAAACCGUCAAUGUCUGGAGUACUGGAACAACAAGCUAAAACUCAAGGACGAGUGUGUAACUGUCAAAGGGCCUUCAGGUUCAUCGGAGAGUACUGUUGACAUGGCAAGAUCUGCUGUGAUGGAAAGAGGUCAGUGUUCAGGAACCAAGGUGGCUACAGAGGAGGAGCAUGCUAAUUAUAGUUCAUCUAACACCGAGUUACAGUUAGUACUUAGGAGGCUUCUGAAUAAAGCAGAUCCAGAAGAACUGAGAAUAAUGCACAAGAUCUUGUGCAGUGGAUCAACAAGCCCUGAGUGGAGAAUAGCAUUUGCAACAUUGAGUCAAGAGAUCCAGAGGAAAGUGUAAAUUUUGGGAUCUCUCAUUCUUUCGUCUUAGUUAGGCUGUCUUCAUCAGCUUAAUUCUUUUGAAAUAUUAACAUAAG